UGUUGUGCCUUACCACUAACAGACCAACUACCAGCAGUAGAUUCAUAUUCUGAUAACUCAAAAGAUAAAACCUCCAAAGCAGAAGGUCUUAGUGAAAAUGCAACUCUGAAUACUGAACAAGAGAGUAAACCAAUAUCAGAUACAAUGCUUAGCACCACACGUACUUCCCUUAUAUCUAUGGGUGAAGAGGAUCCCACUCUUGUAGAACAAAGCAACAGUGAAAUAUCAGCAGCAGAUGAAGACAAUAAGCCAGAAGAAGUGACAUCACUGGCACCUCAGGUUGUCCAACAGGCCACACUAAAUGGAGCCUGUCAGUGGAACAAUCUGCAGCUAGCCCCACCCCCACCUAUGUACAGGCCAUUUGUCAUCAUGAGGGAAGAGGAAUUAUCAAAGAAAAAAUCCAAACUUUCUAAGGAUAAAAUAGAAGGGCCUGAUGAUAAUGAAGCUGAUUAUAAUAUUGACUAUGAUGAGUCAGAUGACAAAUUCAAAACAGAUAAACAAGUAACCAAUGCUCAGAGUGCUCACUCCUCCCCUGCUCUAGCUGCAUCAGUCAGUAAACAUGAAACCCCUUCAUUAAGUUUAAAUGACAAAAAAAUCUCACAGUUACCAAGUUCAAAUGCACUUGAAAAGGAAGCAUGGCCAGAAGAAAAGAUUGCCCGUGAAGGAGAAUAUGUUAUUAUUGUACAAGAAGUGACCAAUCCACCAUUUUUGGGUAGGAAGUUGCAACCAGCUUAUCUAUUGCUGCAAAUUAGGAAAGAAAAGAAGGUUAUUCCAACUUCCAAAAAACCAAGUGUUGCCAGUGCAAUUGUGGUGAAGGAAUUAGUAGAAGCAGAUAAAAAUUCUAUUGCGCGAACUGUGCCUGGAUCCUUGUCUUCAAACUAUAGUCAGGAGAGCCCUGUGCCCCAGUACAAUUAUAAAAGAAAAUGAUGACAGUGGGACACACAGAAACAUAUUGCUAUGUCUAUGCACCAAACUGUUGUGUAAGAGUGGAACCUGCAAGUAUCCAUGUGAAAGAAGCUUUCUUUUACAUCUAGAUAUGUUACUUAAUUAUUGUGAUAAUUUGUGUAACAUUUUACUUUGAAUAUAUAUAUUUAUUUAAAUUAUAAAUAAUAAGAUUUUUAUACAGUUUUGCUUAAAGGCAGUCAUUUAAAUUCUGUGAUAAAGAAAAAUCAACAAAAAUAAUAUCAGCUUUUGACUACAACCAAAAAGUUGUGUAGUUUUAAACUAAAAAAAAAAUUUAAAAAUUGUAGCAAUAUAAAAAGUUAUUGCUGAAAAUACUGAUGGCGAUAUUCAUGUAAAUAAAUGCUGAGCUUUACUAUUUGGACCUAGGAAAACUUUUUGUACAAUGAACAGAGAACUAAAACACAUCUAUUAUUAAAGAAUGUUAAAAAUAACUUUAAAAAAAAAA